AUGACAUGUAAUCGUGAAAUUGCUAGUCGCAAUAUCACUCUGUACUAUACUGACACCGCUUGCUCUCGAACUCCAGUGUGCAGCUAUGAGCUCUGCUCAAGCAUCCAUCUUUCACUCCCACGAAUGCGUGCAAUCGCAGUUCGCAAACAUUUACGUACAAUUACAGUUCGUUUUGUUCAGUGGUGUAGAUCAGUUCCACGUAAGAGUAAGACAAUCGCUGACGCUCUCCACCAGCGCGCGUGUUUCCCCUGUAGCUCGCACCUUAUACUGUCUUUCCACGCGGGAAACACACCAACGGCGCGAUCGUCUUGCUCUCCGUCAAACCAACAAAAAAAAAAAUUCGGGUUAACCCCGCCAUUCUCUCCUUCAAGUUAUGCGCUCAUCUACACUAGCUCAACACUAAAUUCCCUCCAAACCUUUGUCUUUACAAUUACUUGUCUUAGGUCCAAUCCCAAGAACUAA